UGCUCAGAACUACUGCAGUACCACCAGCUCUUCUGCCAGAACAGAUUUGAUCCGUACAGAGCACAACGCAUGGCUCAGCUGCUGUAUGCCUCGUACCUGAGCAGCGGCGCUCAGAUGAGUGUGGGCUUGAGCGAGGAGGACAGGAGAGCCAUUCUGCUGCGUCUCAGUCCCCCGUUCGAAGAUCUGUUUGACCGCGCAGAAGAACAUGCUCUGAGAGUCCUGCUGGAGCCCUGGACGCUGUUAUCAGAGAAACUCAGAGACGCACCACACACUGUGGCGCAGUGGCAGGAGGUGCGUUACGCCGAGGCUGAGCUCUUCCAGACUCUUCAGACUCUUUACACACACACGCAGAGCAGACAGCAGCAGGAGCACAGGACUGCAGCUGCACCAGCAGAGGGCAGCAGAGCGCCGAGUCUUUGGGCAAAGGUUCCGCGUGAGUUCCGUGGGGUCCGUCUGGAUUCCCUGCUGAGGAACCGCAUGGAGCUGCAGCACUUCCUGUCCUUCCUGGAGGAGAAUUCGGCCAGUCUGGAACUGCAGUGCUGGCUGGACGUAGAGCAGCUGAAGAAGAGUGAUGGAGCGCUGCUGGAGGAGAGAAACACCAGCAUCAAAGACAAAUAUCUCAGCAGCAACUUCCUGUUUGGACCCAGCAGUCCGGCCACUGAAGAGCAGCAGAAGAGGUUGUUGCAGAUGUGCGGUGGCUGGCAGCGUCUCCAGCGUGAGUGCGUCUCUCUGUCCGUUCUCACGGAGCUUCAGUCUCUGCUUCACAGUCGUCUAGAAACUCGAUGGCUGCCGCUGUUCCUCUCGAGCUCACAGUUCAUCACGCGUCAGCAGCAGAAGGUGACAGACGUGGAGAGUGAGCAGCAGCCGGUCAUCCGUCAGCGCAGGAGGAGACACGUCUGGAGGGUGUCUGGAGGUCUGAUGAGCUCGUCUCAGGAGUCGGUGGCUCUGCGCAGGGCUCUGUUGAAUCCCGUCACUCGUCUGCAGUUCCAGAAGUUUCUGUCUGUCCGUGAUGAUCUGCUGGAGAACGAUCUGCUCUUCUGGCUGGAGGUUCAGAGAUACAAGGAUCUGUGCCACUCCCGCUGUGAUGACGUGACGCUCCAGAGGAAGGUGUCCAUCAUCAUCAGCUGCUUCAUCAGUUGUUCUGUGCCGCCGGCGCUGCAGAUCCACGUUCCUCCAGACGCAGCGCAGAGAGUCAUGAGUCAGCAGCGAGCGCUCGGCCCGUACGUCUUCAGAGAGACGCAGGCGUGUGUGUUUGAAGAGCUGCUCAAGCACUGGCCGGAUUUCGUGGCGUUGCGCUCCGCCGUCGGGGAGGACGAGCUUCAGCGAGUGCUGGAGAGAGAGACACGGAGCAGCAGACCGACAGAAGAACAGGACGACAGCAGCUCUCAGCAGCAGCAGGAGGAGGAGGAUGAGGCUCAUGUUGCUGCUGAUGAAGAGCAGAACUACGGGACAGACGGCACGAGAGCAGACACAUAUAAGAUCUCCUGGUCCUACACCAAACACAUGGCGGCACUGGAACACGAGAACAUGCCAUCUUCAUCAUCAUCGUCAUCAUCCACGACAGACAGAAGCUCCAGACGCACAGCUGAGCAGAAGAAUCAGAACAAACACUGAGCUGAAAACAUGAACGUUUGUCUGGCACAGCCUGAACCGAACAAAUGACACGCGUGACGUACAGUUAGAUUUUAUUAACAAAAAAACAGAUUCAUUAUAUAGUGACACUCAUUUUUCAUUAGACAUGAAUACAGGAGCAAAUGAAAUAAAAACAGUAAAUCAUC